CGCUUUAUAGUAAUUAAGGUAGGAAGUUACAAAAACCCUGCCCUGGUUAACUAGUCCCUAGUCUGACCCAAAGAGAAAAAAGAGGACAGAGGAUAGAGAGCAUACACGCCAUCACCAAAUCACAUUCGCCCCUUUGCCCCCCUUCGCUGCAGCCAAAAAGAGAUUUCAGUCACUCGACUGGUCUCAAUCUCUCUCUCUUUCUCUCUUACCCCUUGGUCGAGGACAGCAUCCAUUUGGGGCGUGUGGAACUGCAAAAGAGCCGAAUUUAUAGCUUGAAUGCGAUCCUCCUCCAGUUAACCUUUCCACACCAGCACCACCUCAACCGCCCCCGGUGCACCGUCCCCAACAACUCUGCCCUGCCGAACCAAGCGACCGAGGCCAGUGAAGGGAGUGAACAAUGGCUAAGGAGGCUGUCACCGCAGUCGCUGAACGGGGCCAGACUGGGAUAACCAACGUCAAUGCCUGUGUGUCGACUACCGAGGCCAGCAGGGCGUCCAAGGAUAACGCUUCCUGGCGAGAAUGGGUGGUUGCAAACCAGAUAGGUGUGUGAAAAACACAAUUGCAAGCUUCACCUUCUCUAUAUCCGUGCCCUUACUGACUUACUGCUGCUUAGGCUGCUCGCUCUCGAUUCUCGGUGCGAUACUCGCCGUACACACUUUCGUUCCAUCUCUCAGGGCAUACACGACUCCAUACCUCGAGUUGCCUCACUAUCACCCCGAGACUGGAAAGUACACGCAGGGGCUGGAUGAUGUCUACUUCAUCAUCAGCUCCAUGCUGGGCUUUACAGCUACCAGAGCCAUUGUUAUUGACUGGCUGUUUUACCCCAUUGCUUCUCAAUUGGGCCUGAGAAACAAGCAAUCUAUACGCUUUGCCGAGCAGGGAUGGCUUUUGGUCUACUACCUUGCCUUCUGGGCCUAUGGAAUGAACAUCUGGUAUCAUUCUAGCUACUGGUACAAUUUCCGUGCUAUAUGGGCCGACUGGCCUACCCGAGAGAUUAACGGCAGCGUCAAAUUGUACUGUCUUCUGCAGCUAUCUUUUUGGGUACAGCAGAUAUUCGUCAUUCACAUUGAAGCCAAGCGCAAGGAUCACGCGCAGAUGUUUAUCCACCAUAUCAUCACCAGCACCCUCCUCGGAUCCGCAUAUGUUUAUAGCUUCUACAACGUCGCAAACGUUGUUCUCUGCCUUAUGGAUAUCGUUGAUUAUAUGCUACCGUUCGCCAAAAUGCUAAAAUACCUUGGAUUCGAACGCGCCUGUACAGUUGCCUUCGGUGUCUUCGUCACAACCUGGAUCGUUGCUCGCCAUUUCAUCUACAUGGGCCUGUGGUGGUCCAUUCACCAAACGGUACCCACUGACGUCCCGUUCGGGUGCUACUCUGGUAUCACAGGCAAGCAGUUAUCAACCGGCUCGCCUGAUCUCCUAUUCCAUAUCUUCAACCCGUUUCUCGACCUCAAUGGCCCAAUCUGUAUGACUGGCACCAUCAAGGUCAUCUUCCUUGGAAUGUUGCUGCUCUUACAAGUUCUCUCACUCAUCUGGCUUGGUAUGAUCAUCAAAGUAGCGCUGGGCGUUUUGUGGACUGGCUCAAGUGCAGAGGAUACAAGAAGUGAUGACGAGGAAGACGUUGACGCUAGUGAGCCGAAGGAAAAGGCCGGCACCUCUUCGGCAAGAAUCAUGGGCCCACCAUCUGGCUCAGAAGGCAGCGCCUGGUCGCGAUCAGUCAUGCCCAAUGGCUCGAACCACCAGAGCCACCCGGUGCGGAUAAGAACGACCCGUGGACGAGUUACGUUAAGUGACCAUAAUGAUCGAAAAGCCCUCCUUGGUAGGAUUGGCUGCGACAAGCCAACAUAGAUUUGAGAAUGGAACCAAAAUCAUGUCGUUUUGUUCUCACCCAUAGACAUCUCGCAGCUUGAUUACCAUUUUCAUUGCCCCCUUCCACGUCGAUCUUCCCAUCUACGUUUGGUUUUCAUUUUUCUUUUCUCCAAGUGCCUUUUUCGUUUUAUCAGGUUUGAUUUUGUGUCGAGAUGCUUCCCUCCCUGCUGGUAACGGUGGCAGUAACGGUGACGGUGACUGGCAUGUCUUGAAAGAACUUCCCAUCAUUAUCCUUCCUAUACCCCAUAAAUACGCCCGGUUAAAGCCCUUUUUUUAAUAUAUCCCUCCUUUUCUUCUCUUUUUUCCUGUCAAAAACAAAAGAAUAUAUCCCGUCGUUGCAUCUGCUCAUUCUUUUCUCAAUUUUUGUUUUACCGGUCAUGCCUGCUUACACACACGAAACCGUUCGUUUUUUCUCUCUCAAAAAUCGAGAGAAUGAGAUUCUGAUUGGCAAUAAAUACCUUGUGCCUCACUACGAUAUCUUGAUGGUUAUCCUGUUUGCUUCCGUUCUUUGCUCCGCCUUCUACAGCCCGUUGUCAAUAUCGCCAUCUUCACUUAUCGCCUCCCAUUUUUUCCAUGGAGAAUAGAAACGCCGGAUACAGGUCAACGACCUCCCUUACGUCUAUAUGUUUGUUUCCCAUUCCUAUACCAACGCCAUGGUCUAAGUCCGCAUGUAUGUCCUGUCUUCCCUUGCAUGUUCCCUUGGUGCUUUAAACACUGCAUAUUAUACCCGGGAUAAUCUGAUUUAAUGAACGGCACAUUCUAAGGCGCGUCCGCAUCUAUUACCAUUAUAUAUAAUAUCUCUCCUUUCGUAUUGACAAGUCGUUGGCUGAAUGUGUGUUUUGUGGCCAUUUGAUACGACCAGGGGAGUCGUGAGUAGUGACGUAAUUAACCUUGUGUAGGAUACUUUAGGGCUGAACAUGGCUAUUGUCCUUAUUUUGACGAAGGUUGGGUCGGGCCUUGGGAAGCCGCAGGGGCUUGCCGGC